AUGGUGAGACUUCCCCCACGGCUGAAACAACUCACUUGGCGCAACAGUUUUGUACAUUCAAAAGGGGGGACACCAUGGAAGAAGCGGCUCCACAGUAGCAGGAACAGCAACAGCAGUGUGGCACACUGCAGGGAUGAAGGUGACCUGCACAAAUAUGUAUGCGUCGUGCCGUAUAAGAACGACAAUGUCCUGUCGCUGGAGAAAACGUAUGACGAGAAAUAUCCCCACGUGGUUAGCGAAAACAGCAUUGAAGUGGAGUCCAAUUUGAAAUACAUAUACAAGCUGCUACUAACGAGCAGAACAGUGGAACAAAUCCGAUUGCUGUUACAUAAUUCGUACUGCGCGUAUGAGAAUAACUUCAUAAAUGACGUGAGGAACAUUAACUGGGCUGCCUAUAUCCCCUUCAGCAGUGUCUUCACGGAGCCACAAAUAAAUGUGAAAAGCAUAAAGUCAAGGCUGUUCCACACCUGCAUGAUUAAAAACAUCAUCCUGAACGUGAUUAAAAAGCAGCAACAAGUGUAUAUAGAAAAAAACGGAGAUGAAAAUAUUCUUUUGAAGAAGAAAAAACUCAAUCCAUCCUCUCUCCAACCGCUAAAAAUACAUGUCCUCUUCCGUUACAACGAAUUAAAAAUUAGUGUAAACAUAAGUAAUGACUUAAACAAACGUUUGUACAUUGCACACAAAAGUGACAGCUCAUUAAAAAGCACAAUCAUAGCUUCCGCAUUGUUCAGAAUUAACAUUUUUAAUUAUACCAAUGGGGGAAAAAACCUCUAUUUUUUGGAUCCCUUCUGUAAUGAUGGAAGCAUUAUUUUGGAAAUAUUUUCCAUUUUAAUGACUGCCCCUUGUGGUUCCCCCAGUAUUAACUACCCCAUUGUGUCCUUUCCUAUGCAUUCCCCUUCUACGUUUUGGGAAGCUUUAAAUGAAGUGAACAUGACGCCAGGGAAGUUCACCGAUAGGGUGUUCCUCCUUGGGGUUGACGAUAGUAAGGAUCACAUAAGACAAGCUAAUGCAAAUUUGAAGAGACUCUUUCUGACCAUGCCGAGGUCUGUUGAUGAGGAGGGUGUGCAGGUGGGGGGAAAGGUCCCUUUGUCCAGAGAAGGGGUGGACAAAUCGGUUCGAAGUGGAGGGGGGGAUGCUCCUUCCCAUUUUAGUGCGUUAGGAACACAUGAACUGAACGCUCUAUUCUCCAACGAUGGAAUAUUUCAAAACAGAAGCGAUGACCCCCUCGCCAUGUCGAGGAGGAUAAAAUUCUUACACAUGGAUUUCCUAAAACUUAACAGUGUGAACGAAAACUGUGUUAUCAUUACGAGCAUUGUAAACGUGGACGAGAAAAAAAAAAAAAAAUUGGAGAAAAUCCUCCUCCGCUCGCAGAUUUUAAAUGCAUUCGUAUUCGCCCAGGAGAGUUAUAAAGAAAGGACGAAGCUGAAGUUUAAGUUGGUUUCUCGAUUCGUGUCAGAUGGGCAGAACAUCAUUUUGGUUCAGCUCUUUGGGCAGCCUCGGCGUGGGGUGUACGACGAGACGUGGGACGGUUAG